AUGGAGAGCAUUAGUGACGACAAACCGCAGAUUGCGUCGGUGCUACGAGCUGUGAAAGCGCAGUGCAUGGAGGGCUCCGUCCGGGUAACGGUAGAGCGGGACUUGCUGGGGCUGGGCCAAUUCAUCCGCCCGUCAGAUAUCAGCCUGGGAGGAUGUCCCUUUGACCAACAAGACGAUUCAUCAUUCUUGUUUCUAGAGACUGCUCUGCAUGAAUGUCGGAGAACGCUGCAGGUUCAUGAUGAUUAUCUUGUCUUCAGUUACACCCUUGAGUACACACCAUCCGCCAUUGAUGGUACCGCUAUUGUGAGAGCUAAUGCAGUUGAAAUUGGCAUUCAAUGUCACUACCUGAGGAAUCACAAUGGGAGCAGUGACUCCCUGAAGCCAACCCAGAUCCCCCUCAGUGCCACCGUGCCAUCCAAGGGGUUCCUGGAUUUCUCCCUGAAGCUCAUGACUGAUCACUGGAAUUCUGAGAGGCCCUCCAAUGUCUACUUCCUGGGAGAUAUCAUUCACAUUGAAGCCUCUGUCGCCCUGCCCAGCAACAUCCCCCUGCGUCUCUUUGUGGACAGCUGUGUGGCCACCUUGGAGCCUGAUGCUACCGCAGUGCUUAGAUAUGCCUUUGUUGAGAAUUAUGGGUGUCUGAUUGAUGCUAGGCUAACAAGCUCCAAAUCACACUUCAUCCCAAGAACCCAGGACCACAAGCUGCUCUUGCAGCUGGAAGCCUUCAGGUUCCACCAAGAGGUUAAGAGCUCAAUCUACAUUAACUGUCACCUGAGACUAACUGCUGCUUCCAAGGAUACGGACUCUGUCCACAAGACAUGUUACACUGAAGGUAGCAGAUGGAGGUCUGUGGAUGGGGACGACGAGGUGUGUGACUGUUGUGACUCCAACUGUGAUGCUCCCGAUUCCCAGUCAAGGCGCCGGAUUGGCAGAAAGUCCAGCGACCUAAACUCGGAGAAAGAGGCUCUGGAACUGGAGGGUGACGCUUCAGUUGUGGUCUUCAUUCAGCCGAGGGAGAGCCUCGUAGCAGAGGCGGAGGCCAAAAAAGUGGUCCACGAGCCAAACCAUUCCCGCCGGACAGGCCUGGCCUGCAUUGCUGCCGUCAUCUACAGAAGACGACGUAGAUUCCUUUACUGA